AUUUAUAUAAGUAUACACAUAAUAAAAAUAUGAAAAAUCGCAACAUCAAAUUUCGCGUCUACCUUCAAAAAUAAUAGUGAAAAAAAAAAACGAAAUACAAAAAGCACGCUGAAUAAAGCUCCUCCUGCUUCUCCUUGCGGCCCAGUGGUCAAUUGGAUAAUGUUUCUGCCUGGGCUUACAUGCAUACAUGUGUAGAAUGAGGAAAGGUGUGUGUUCCUUGGUUUAGUUAGAUUAAAUGACAACUAAAAUGUUGCGCAGCUGGCAGCGCAUUUUCAUUGCCAAGCUCAAAUUGCAUCCCAUGGCCAAGGGCGUGUUGACCUAUGCAUUUAUGUGGCCCACAGGCAGCCUCAUCCAGCAGACGUUAGAGGGCCGCAAUUUUAAGACAUACGAUUGGGCACGUGCUCUGCGCUUCAGUCUCUUUGGUGGCCUCUAUGUGGCGCCCUGUCUCUAUGGCUGGUUGCGUCUCAGCAGUGCCAUGUGGCCGCAGACGAAUCUGCGCGUUGGCCUGUUGAAGGCCUUAACGGAGCAAGUAUCUUACGGCCCCUUUGCCUGCGUUAGCUUCUUUAUGGGCAUGAGCUUGUUGGAGCUGAAGACCUUUGAGCAGGCCAUUGCCGAGACUAAGGCGAAGGCCCUUCCCACAUACAAGGUAGGCCUCUGCGUUUGGCCCGUUUUACAGACAAUCAACUUUUCGCUAGUGCCGGAGCACCAUCGCGUUGUCUUCGUCAGCAUUUGCAGCCUCAUGUGGACUAUAUUUUUGGCAUAUAUGAAAACGCGAGCAGCCCAGUCACCAGCAGGUCUAGAAGAAGUAGCCUGAAAAGUAACUGCAACAGCUGCCAGUGAUCAAGCUGCUUGCAUUGCAGCUUUUUAUAUAUAGAGGAGGAGAAGCAGGUUGACUCAGCAAGAGAUGAAGAUGAAGCUAUCGAGUUGUCAGCGGCAGCAGCUGUCAGAGGAGAAAGAGGAGGCAGGAGCGGCACUCCCUUGUUUUUGUAUAGGAGCAAAAGCAGCCGCAGUCGCAGCUGCUGGAUACCAAUUCUGAAAUGUCCUUGUUUUUGUAUGUAUGUAUGCAUGCAUGAGUAGAACUAGACUGUGCUUGCCCUUGAAGCAGCUACUGGAAGCACGCUAUGGACAGUUCUUGCUGU